AUGAAGUUCCUUCCGCUCCGCGAUUUCGAGAUGGUAACAAGCGCAUUAAACUUUCAACAUACGGACUGCCAAGUCAUCGGCGGCUGUGACCUUUACACCACCAAAGCUGCUGGCUCCGAUAAGAAGCUGUAUCGGAAUAUCGAGAACUCUCUAGAGUCGCAAUACGAAUCCCUUCUCCGCUUGUCGGAGUCCGUUUCACCAGAGCCUUCUGGACAACCGGCUUUGAACCUUUCGCGGUCGAGCCCGUUCGGACCGUUGAGUCAAGUUUCAAGCCGUCGUACGUUCGCAUACCUCAUCGCCACGCUGAAUGCGAGCCAUACCGAUUAUGAUUUCUCACACAUCCUCAGGCCCGCUGAUUUUCGCAAGGAGCGGAGCUUGAAGGCAGUCAUAGGAAAUAUUGAUUCAACACUUUCCAAUCUGAGGCCAAGUGCAGGUAUGACACUCCAAGUUCCACCGCAGACGAGCUAUGCUACUACAGCAUCUGCGCCUGCAACUAGCCAGGUUUGGGGCCCUAACAUGUGGUCGUUGAUCGAUCAGGAGAUGACUUUGAAGGAGUGUACAGUUUAUUGUUGGGCCCCUCCGGAUGAUCCUUUUGAUGGAGAAGAAGGUUCAAUAUGGAGUCUGAACUACUUCUUUUUCAAUAAAGAGAGGAAGCGCAUUGCUUAUAUUUAUUUACGAGGAGUUCCUGUGAUGAGUCACAGCCCGACCCAACGAAUUGGUAUAUCGAAGAGAAGCCACAGCGAGAAUGAUGCCGGAGCCAACAAGCGUGCACGAUACUGGUUGGGUGACCAGGCUGCUAAUGUCACUAAUGGUGAAGAAGCAGAUCUGGAAGACUCGGGGAUCAAAAUGUGGAGCGAUGAAGUUGACCCGGAUGACGCUGACAUCCUCUUCGAUGGAGACGACUUUUGCGAUGACUACGAGGACGAAGCAGACGACGAAUCUGACGAGCAUGAUUAUAAAGCUCCGGUUCGUGGCAUGAGUGAAGAUAUCGUCGCUUCGAUGGACAUGGAUUGA